AGUGACUACUAACCUAUAAACACGUGCGAAACAAUUUUGAAAAUGGCAAAACGUAAAGAAAACAGUGAAAGUGAAAUUGUCGCCCCUAAAAAAAUUAAAAAUAAAUCAGACCUCGCUUCAAAAUCCAAAAAAGUGAAUUUCGAGAAAAAGUCGAAAUUUUCAAAAUCGACUAAAGCCGAGCCUAAAAAAAUCGUUAAAGGGGCAAAUGGCAAGAAAGUAAGUAAUGAGACACAAAAACCCGAAGACUGGAACGAAUUCAAGAAGAAGAAAAAAGAAUUAAGGUUAAAAAGGCGUCAAAACAAGCCCGGAUUCGAUAUAAUAGUUGAAGCUAAAAGAAUGGGCGAAAGGUUACGUUGCAAAACCUUGAAAGGGGGCGAGGAGGAACGUGUUAUUUUAAUAAAUAAAUUACACUCGUUACUAAAAGGAAAAGGUCACUAUGCAAAGUUUGUUUUGGCCCAUGACACCUCUAGAAUAGUACAAUGGUUACUAAAAUACAGUUCAGACAUAGUAAAACAGCAAAUAUCACAGGAAUUAAUUCCGGUCACUGUAGACAUGCUCCAAUCCAAAUACGGUAUUUUCUGCGCCAAACGCCUCCUCAAAUACGGCAAUCACGACACGAGAGCCUCCAUGAUCAAACAAAUGUACGGCCACGCCGUCAAACUCUCAAGUCAUGCCCUAAGCGCCUCCGUUUUCGAGUAUGCCUACUCCACAUGGGCCACAAGCCAACAAAAACAGCACUUGACCCAGGAAUUCUUCGGCGAUAUGUACAAAACGAGCAAAGACAAUGCAAUCAAGCACUUGCGCGACGUCUUCAAGCAAAGCCCCGACUUGAAAACGGCGAUCUUGGGGGCCACCAAGGCGAAUUUGGGUCGGAUUUUAGACAAAAAUUUGCUGGAUUCGGGAUUGGUUCAAACGGUUUUGCACCAGUUUCUUUGCGAGUGUUGUGAUGAGGACAGGAGUGAACUUAUUUCGCAAUUAAUUCCCCAUAUUGUGGUUAUUAGUAAUAGCAAAGACGGGUCAAGGGCGGCUAUGCAGUGCAUCUGGCACGGGUCUAACAAGGACAGGAAGUUGGCCAUGAAAACGAUAAAGGAACACGUGACUGAAAUGUCAAAACAUGAGCAUGGGCAUUGUGCCAUUAUUACAUUAUUGGAUACAGCUGACGAUACUGUUUUGUUGCACAAAAUCGUAAUUGGGGAGAUUUUGAAGGGGGCCCGUGACUUGGCUGUGAACGAAUGGGGGCGCAAGGUGCUACUAUGGUUGGUGACCCCAGGCGACCCGACUUGUUUUCAUCCCGUGUUUGUCAAGGAGUUGGAGGAGGGGCGACAGAAAUCCAACUCGAAAAAGGAUCCCCAAAUUAGGAGGAAAGAAAUUUUGGAAUACUCCAUUGAAACCUUGCUCGGUUUAAUAGGAGAAGAACCCGAGUUUUGGCUAGGGAAUUCGUCACUAGCCUAUGAAAUGUUGGCAAUAGUGAGAAGCGGUAGGGGAGAAGGGCUCAAAAAGGCCCUUGAAAGUCUUGUACAAGUCAUAAUUAAUCCUGAUUGGACGAUUAAAAUAAACGACAAGGGGAUUUCGGGGGUGGAAGACGCCGGUAUUCACAUGGUUUUGAAAAAAUUGGCCAAAAAUGACCAAAAUAUCGAAAAUUGUGAUUGCACAUUUGGAUCAUUAUUAAUUAAUUCAAUUUCAGAUGAAACCUUACAAAAAUGGUUAGGCUUGAAUCGCGGAUGUUUCCUAUUGGUAGCAGUGUUUGAAAAUAAUUCGGCGCUUCAAGACAACAUGAAAACAAAAUUAAAGGAACAUAAAAAGUUGUUAAAGUCGCAAAGUUUGGCCGGAAGUCAAGUUUUGUUGAAGAAAAUCACGGAAUGAUUUUUUUUAUGAAUGAAUAAAAAGUAAUAAGAAAAACA